AAUCAGCAGAAGUAGCAGAUGAUCUAUCUAAUCUAUCUGAAUUAGCUAAUGCUUCUUUAGCCAGGUCUGAUACUUUGCAAUUAUUCCUAGUAUGUUUAUAUGGAGGAGAUGAAGUUUUGGAUAAGGAUGAUGCUUUACAUGAACAUGAAGAUGAAACCUUAAACAGAGACACAACCUUAGGUGGAGAUAUAGCUUUAGAUGAAGAUAAAACUUUAGAUGAAGAUGAAGCUUCAGAUGAAGAUACAGCCUUAGACAGAGAUAAAGCUUUAGGUGAAGAUAGAAUUUUAGCUGAAGAU